UCAGAUUCGUAAAAAAUCAUAUAGAAAAGAAAAAGUCAAUGGAAAAUGUAAAUUUUUCGUGAAAAUAUUUAUCUAAUCAAUAAAAAACAAUAAAAUAUUAUUUACUAAAUACAAUAAAGUAUCGUUUACAACUGUUAAGCAAUAAAGAAAUACCAAAAAUAAUUUUUUACACAAAAAUAUUCUACUAAAAGUCUUUUCUCAACCAACAACAAUAAACAACAGAGACAACAAAACAUGGAACCCUCAGCCUGUGAAGAUUUAAAAGCCUUUGAAAGACGUCUGACUGAGGUAGUGUCUUCCUAUAAACCAUCAACUGUACGUUGGCGAAGUAAGUUUGUUUUAGCCGUUAUAUCUUUAUGUACCGCCAUUAGCGCCUGGUAUUGGCUAAGAGAUCCACGCACCUCGGUGGUGCCCUUAACUGAAUCACUGCUCAUACAUCCUGUGUUUACCUUUGCCACCUUAAUUUUAGUUAUUUUAUUUGUCUUUGGCAUACACAAGCUGGUCAUUGCUCCUCAGAUUAUCACCUCACGUAUGCGUAGCGUUCUUAGUGAUUUUAAUAUGAGUUGUGAUGAUACGGGGAAACUGAUAUUAAAACCUCGACCUAAUAACAAUUAAAAAAAAUCAUGUUUUAUAAAGUACCUUUUAGAAAUGCUCGUGUUUUUUUUAUUAAUGCCUUCCCAUAUUUAGGAUAUGUUUUAGUAUAUUAUUGGGAUUUCAGCUUUCUGUUGUCAUUUACAAAUAUAUUCGCUAUUAAGACAUAACAAGAUUAUUGUUGUAUUUUUAUAUAGACCAGCAAGUUAGUAAUAAAAUAUACUUAUAGUAGAACGACUCCAAUUGA